GCUCGAGCGGGCACGCGUUGACGGGAGAGCUCUCGACGUGCUCCUCGUCGCACAACUCUUGCAGCUUCCAUCUAGAUACGCCUCGUCAAGAUGGCUUUCUCACGUAUACCUUUGCUGCUGACUGUUCUUCAUCUCGCUGCUGGUGAACAGCCCUCCGCCCCAGCUCCCAUCGCCGCACCCCUCCGAGAGCUCCCGUGGGGCCAGCUCAACUUCCUGCACACCACCGACACCCACGGCUGGCACGGCGGGCAUCUGCAGGAAGCGCAGUACUCGGCAGACUGGGGCGACUAUAUCUCUUUCGCCCACCACCUGCGCAAGAGAGCUGAUGACGAUGGCAGCGAUCUGCUCCUCAUCGAUACGGGCGAUCGAGUAGAGGGCAACGGGCUGUACGAUGCCAGCGACCCCAAGGGCAAGUACACAUUAGACGUGAUCAAGCACCAGAGCAUAGACGUUAUGAGCGUGGGCAACCACGAGCUGUACAAGCAGAACACCAGCAUCAACGAAUUCAACAAUGUCGUACCAGCAUUCAACGAUGCGUAUCUAGCGAGCAAUCUCGACAUUAUCAGCCCGAAGACUGGGGAGCAAGUACCUCUCGCGAGGAGGUUCAAGAAGUUCGUCACCAAGAACCAGGGUAUUCGGAUAGUGGCAUUCGGCUAUCUCUUCAAUUUCAAGGGUAAUGCGAACAAUACAAUUGUGAAGCCGGUUCAGGACACGAUCAAGGAACAGUGGUUCAAGGACGCCAUCGCCGACAAAGAGGUGGACUUAUUUCUGGUGAUCGGACAUGUGCCUGUCAGAGAUACUCCCGAAUUUGAGGCUGUGUACAAAGCGAUCCGACAGGAGAAUUGGGACACUCCGAUCGUGUUUUUCGGCGGACACACGCAUAUCCGUGACUACCGCAAAUUUGAGAAGAAGGCGUGGGGGUUGGAAAGCGGUCGCUACAUGGAGACUCUGGGCUUCCUUUCCAUCGAUGGUCUGAGCACCGGCAAGAGGGAUGUCCCGACUGCCAGUAAAUCGGUGGAGUACAGGAGAUUAUACAUUGACAACAACUUGUUCUCGAUGCAUCAUCAUUCGGGCACAAACGAGACCACCUUUGGCACAGAACUCGGCAGGAACGUGUCGAAAGCCAUCACAGAAGCUAGGAAAGAACUCAAGCUCGAUCACACUUUUGGUUGUGCACCACAAGAUUACUGGCUCAGUCGAGUGCCAUAUCCAUCGAACAACAGUCUUUUGACAUUGUUGGAGACGCAGGUGCUUCCAGAUGCGCUCAGAAGCAUCAAGCAGCCUACUAUUGCUAUCACGAACAGUGGUGCUCUACGUUUUGACAUCUUCAAGGGCCCAUUCACGAUCGACUCCACCUUCCUCGUCUCGCCUUUCACCAGUGGAUUCAGAGUGCUAAAGGACGUCCCUUUUAAAGCCGCCAACAAAGUCUUGCAAACUCUGAACGACCAGGGGCCAAUCCUCCACGCAGACAUGAUUGCCAUGGCAGGAGAGGACAAGAGCACGUUGAAGGAGCUGGUUCCACAUCACCCAGUCCGAGCUGAUAGCUUGUUAUCUGCUGAUGAGUCGCCGUCAAGACUUCAGCCUUUGUUGGGCGCUCAAAGUCAGACGCCUUUCGGCAGUGGCGACGGCGACGCGCCCCAGGUGCCAGGAUAUACGACCAAAGACGACGCAGGAACGGAUGGCGACGAUACGAUUCAUCAGCGCAUCAACUUCUACAAUGUGCCCAAUGUGAUCGGCUCGAACGUCAGCUUUCCGGCUACCACUACUGAUCCUGACACUGUGGACUUGCUGUACAACGAAUUCAUUGAGAACUUUGUACUGCUUGCUUUGAGAUACCUGGGCGAAAAGCGCGAACCGAAAGAUUCGAGUCGUGCUGUUGAUGGCAAGACCCUUACAGAUGUGAUUUCUGAGUGGAUCCAGGAUCAUUGGCAGUGCCAAUGAUACUGCGAAAUAACACGCUCGAAUUAUUCAUUCUCGAAGCACAUGUGCAUCGCACGCGAUGCGCCAAACAUUCUUCGAUCAUCCUUGGCAGAUUCCAAUGCUGCAAGUAUGUCCCCAUUUCUCGCGCUGAUUGCCGAAAGAGGCAUCCUGACAGCACAAUGCUCAAUAUGUGAGACAUGCCGGGCUACGGGCCGAUGCAAAGGAUUCAUUGCCGAAUGCCUUGAUCUGUGUGGUAUUUCAC